AUGCCCCAAUCAGCAUUAUUAGCUGAUAAAAGAGUUAAAUUAUUCAUAACUCAUGGAGGACUGGCAAGCACUAUGGAAGUUGCAUAUUCUGGAAAACCUGCACUUGUGGUAAGACAAAUUUUUUCUAAAACCAAUAAAUACUAAAUUGUUUCUAGGUUCCGUUGUUCAGUGAUCAAUUUCACAAUGGGAUGAUGUUAUCGAGACAUAAAGGAGCUAUAACUUAUGAUAAAUAUGAAUUAGCAAAUCCAACUAAACUCAUUGCAAAUGUUCGUCAAAUUUUAGAGACACCCAGGUAACUAUUUUCUGGAAAAUACAGUGCGUUCCAUAAGUAUACGCGCACCCAUAAAAAUGAUUUUUCGGCUCUCAACUUAACUUUUUGAGUAGAAAUAAGUUGUUUAACGAUAAGUACGUGUAAAAAUACAUAUGUAUACACUUUUCUGAUAUAAAAAAGCAACAAAUAGUUUUUCGGGGAAAAAAAUAUGAAAAUUUCGGAUUUUUCAGCGUCUCAAAAGUAUACGCGCACCCUAUCAAACUGUAGUUAGGAGGCAUCUGGUAGGAAAAUAAGUGCUCUGAGGUUAUUUGGCAUGCUGAAAAACGUAAAAUCACUUAUUUCUACCUAUUGGUAAAAUAUUUACCAUGAACAUUUAUUUUGUGGAACAAACAUUUCUGACCAAAUUUUCAAAAAAUUCGAUUUUUUUUAGAAAAAUUUUCUGUUGUUUUAGAAUUGUUAGGACCAGUCUUAGAAUGUGUUUUUUGAAUUUUUGACACAAUUUCGUAGCAAUUUGACUGAUUUAUCUCUUCGAAAUUAUGAGUUUUUCACAUAAAAUACAUGAAAAACGCUCAAUUUUUCAAAGAAGUCGGGAAAAAUAUUUUUUGAUUUUCAAUUUCUGGGCAGAAAUUUUUCUGAUAUGCAUACAAAAACUGUUUUUCAAAAAUUUAGAAUAUCUUCAAAAGUUCUAAUUAUUGAGAUUCUCGAUGAAACUGCCCAAGAGAAUGUUUGAGAUGAAACUUACUUUUUUCUUUUUUUGAAAAACUAUUCUUUUUGUGAAUUUUCCUACCCACUUCAGAAUAAAAUUGAAAAACAAUUCAAUUUCACAUUUUUUCAUAAUUUUUGAACGUUGAUCGAUCAAUUUACAAAAAGAUAUUGGACUAAAACUGAACUAAAAGAGAAAUUUAUGAUUGAAGCAAAACAUUAAAAAAUGUUGAUUGCAACAGUUCUUCAAAUAAAAAUUCAAAAUACACUUUAGAUGUAUGUUGAAUGUUUGAGAAGUCUUUGAAAGUGACUAAAACUUGUGUUUCAGUUAUUUUAAUUGCUUUUUAUCAAUUAGGUUGAUGUUUGCAAAACGAAACGAUGAGUUUUAGAUCGAAAAUUGACCGUUUUUCAUGUAUUUUAUGUGAAAAACUCAUAAUUUCGAGAAGAUAAAUCAGUCAAAUUGCUACGAAAUUGUGUCAAAAAUUCAAAAAACACAUUUUAAGACUGGUCCUAACAAUUCUAAAACAACAGAAAAUUUUUCUAAAAAAAUUCGAAUUUUUGGAAAAUUUGGUUAGAAAUGUUUGUUCCACAAAAUAAAUGUUCAUGGUAAAUAUUUUACCAAUAGGUAAAAAUAAGUGAUUUUACGUUUUUCAGCAUGCCAAAUAACCUCAGAGCACUUAUUUUCCUACCAGAUGCCUCCUAACUACAGUUUGAUAGGGUGCGCGUAUACUUUUGAGACGCUGAAAAAUCCAAAAUUUUCAUAUUUUUUCCCCGAAAAACUAUUUGUUGCUUUUUUAUAUCAGAAAAGUGUAUACAUAUGUAUUUUUACACGUACUUAUCGUUAAACAACUUAUUUUUACUCAAAAAGUUAAGUUGAGAGCCGAAAAAUCAUUUUUAUGGGUGCGCGUAUACUUAUGGAACGCACUGUACAAAAAUAAAUUCACAAAAUUUGUUUUUCAGUUUCUUGGAAAAUGCUGAACUUUUGGCCAAAGUUUUACAUAACCAACCAAUUCAACCAAAACAAUUAUUAUUAUCCCAUAUGGAAUUUGCUGCAAAAUUUCCAAAUCUCAAAAGUUUGGUACCAGAAAAUAAUUUUAACAACUUGAUAGCUUUUUAUUAUUUGGAUGCAUAUUUAGUUAUUCUAGGAUUUUCAAUUUAUAUAAUUUAUCUGUUAUCGAAACUAUUGAAAUUUCGGAUUUUCAAAAUGAAAAAGGAUUGA